AUGCUGGUUCAGUCGCAAUUGCCCGACUUCGUCUUGGAUGUUCAAUACUCCCCAAAGAAUGACGAUAAAGACACAGCAAACUUGAAAUUGCUUCUUGAAACCUUGGACUCCAAGGGAUUUAGUACCAUGGCCAGACCGGGAGCCGAUGCGUCCAGUUCUGUGCUUGUUUUCUUGAAACUCACUGGCGUUGCUUACCUGGAGUUGGUUGAAAAAGACUUGAUUAAGAAUUACGAGUUCGGAGUUACUUCCAAGGACGAUUCUUCCUCCGACAGACAGAGGAUUAUCUACUCGUACUUGUCCAAUCCUGUUGAAUGUGGCGGCUGCGCAAUCACACCAGGUAAAGACAAAUGGAAGUUUGUCACCUCCAUUACUCCGAUCUCUGGAUACUUGGCUGAUGACAAACUCUUGGAGAAGACAAAGAAAUCAAUUUUUUCCCCAAGUUUUGAUUUUGGAUCAUACACGAAGCUCUAUGGCACCCACGUUGGCUUCUACUUUGCAUUCUUUUCGUUCUACUUGGGAUCGUUGGCAAUUUUGUCUGUUUUCGGCUUAAUGGCCUACGUCAGGUCAAAAUCUUACUCUUUGACCUAUGCGUUUGUUAACUUGGUGUGGGGAACUAGUUUCUGGCUCUUGUGGAAGAGAAGAGAGGGCUACUUGGCUAACUUCUGGGGUGUUCAGAACUCCCACAAGAUUGACGAGUACAACGCAGAGCUCACUUCAUUGAACAAAGACUUUGAGCAGACAGAUACGAAGGUAGAAGAUUCCUUAAGCAGGUGGCUUUUGUGCCAAUUGCUUUGGUAUUUGUUGCUAUCUUGGUUUCCUACCAAUUGGGUUGUUUCGUUAUCGAGAUUUUUUUUGACCGAAAUCUAUGACGGUCCUGGAAAGAGCCUUUUGAAUUUAUUGCCAACUGUGUUGAUCACUGUUUUCGUGCCUAUCUUGACUGCUGCUUACAACUUUGUGGUUGAGCAGUACUUGACGUGGGAGAAUCACGACAACCGUUACACACGUACCGAUUCGUUUGUUGUGAAAACUUUUGUGUUGAACUUUUUGACGGGAUAUGUUCCAUUGCUUAUUACCUCGUUUAUCUACCUCCCGUUUGCACACUUGAUCACCCCACAGUUACCAGUGAUUCAGCAAACUAUUGCAUCGAAUAUCAAUAGUAACAGAUACUUAUACAAGUACUUGACAAAGAUCAAAUCGCAGCAGGAAUUUGUUAUCAAUCAGGAGAGAUUGAAUGGCCAAUUCUUCUUCUUCACUGUUAUUAGUCAGGUCAUUGCACUUGUUCUUAAGUAUGUCUUGCCUCUUGUUUUGGCUCCAACUAUUAAAUUCGUGACCGAAAAGGUGACUGGAAAAAAGGCUGUUGUUACUAAGGAUGACCCAGUUGAGGCUGCCUGGUUGAAGAGAGUUCGCCUUGCAGUGACAUUGCCUGAAUACAACGUCAACGACGACUUCAGAGGCCUUGCCAUGCAAUACGGCUACCUCAUCAUGUUUGGUCCAGUGUGGACUUUGGCUCCUCUUGUAUCGUUGAUUUUUAGUGCGCUCACAUUUAAGUUGGACGAGUUUAAGUUGGCAAGUGGUAAGUAUUUCCGCCCUCCAGCCGCAACCAGAGUUGACUCAAUCCACCCAUGGGACUACGCAUUUUUGUUGUUGACAUGGAUCGGCUCUGUCGUUUCGCCUGUGGUCACUGCUUUCUACCGCCAUGGAACCAAGCCACCCAAACCAUUGGGCCAAUUUGCGUUUGAUAAGGCCAGCGUGAAUAUCUCUUCGUCUACUGUUUUGAUCCUUGUGUUUUUCGCUUCUGAGCACUUGUUCUUUGCACUCUACUUCCUUGGACUUAAGGUUAUCUCUUUCUUGAAGUCAGAUGUUGAGGUUUCCAACGAUUUCAUUGAUAAUGACAUCAAGUUGAGAAGAGAUUUCUACUCGUCAAAGGUGAAGGCAACUGAUAUCCCAACUCCCGAUGACUGGAAAACUAGCCCCGAGUCUACUUUACAACAAGCCAAAGGUCUUGCUGUUCCUGCUGAAACCGUUGGUGAGAAAUCAACUGGUGCUCUGACUUCGUACAGUAAGACUUCUGGUGACUCGACCUUAGUCAACAGACUGGCCAAAUCUGCGAAUGAAGAACUAACUUCGAGACAAAAAUUGGAAGCUCACAAGGAGAGGGGUGACACCAUCAUCGACACCAUUGACGGCGAGGGCAAACCAACGCCUGCAAUUAUUGAUGACAACUCUCACAUCCUGGAGGAGGACCAGAAAGAAACAGAGAAGACUUUGGCUAAGCUCGAAAAGGAAAAUUCCGCCAAGAAUGCCGAGACUCUGGAAGUGAAACAAAGUUCCGAAUCCUCAUCUGAGGUAGUCAAUGAUGAAAGUGACGCAGCUGAUAACGAGAGAGCUGACGUAGAUGGAGCAGAAGUUGAGGGAGAUGAUUCCGAAACCGGAGACUCUCAGAGUGGAGCCAAGAAAUCCAAAAAGAAGAGUUUGAAGAAGUUGUUGAGAAAGUUAUAG